AUAGUACUGUCGCAUCCAUUCAUGGAUCCCUCAGCAUCUCCUCUCGUCACUCUCUCGUCUCAUCGUGAUCACUAUUACUAUGCCCCCAUCCCAUCCCCCUCUCGCUUGCAAUACCUGGACCAACGACAGCGUCAUCCGUCGUCAUGGUCUGGCCGUACCCGCCGGCGCUGAUAUUUAGAUUAAGAUUAAAAUCCAGGCGAGGCAAGAUGGGCAACCCAAUUCCCAGAUCUUGGUUCGAUUCUCUCCACUUGGGAACAAUCAUCGUUUUAAGACGUCAACCAGUCCUCAUGCUGCCCGUCAUGGACUGGUGUCAUCAUACCCGGACAUCUUCCUUUUUAUGGUCUGUCCGCCCUCUGCCCUCGGUGCUGAUCCAGCGUCUUCCCUUCCCCAGAAAGUCGGGUGCGAUAAUCGCAGAUCCGUUGCUGAUGGAUUGCCGGUCUGGGGCAUCGUUUCGCGGUCGACCAUGGGUGGACACGCCACUCCCGCGACUCUGCCAUCGGGGCUGGGAGACUCAUGUCAUCGAUGAUGCAAUAAUCCGAGAUCCAACGCAUGUCAGGAACCUCGAACAACCACCCUGUUUGAUUUUCCCGCCGGGACGGUAUACUUAAGUAGAGCCGGUCACACGGCUCCGGAGAGGGGCUGUAUACUCCGUAGGGACGGAGUAUCUACCGCGUAUUUGGGCCAUCCUGGCCAGGUUACUCCGGGCUAUAAGUGGUCGUAGUAUGAUUCCACUAGGCUACUAGUAUUAUCAACCGUCG